AAAGGUGGGAAGAUUGUUUUCUUGUUUCCAGCCAGAUAUGUGCUUUGUCGACCAGUAGGGCUUUUUACAAAAAAAAAAUCCCGGCUUUUGUGGCCGUGCAUAGGUAGUUUCUGUGUUGCAUUACCGCAGGAGCUUGAGAAUGAUGAAACUUACAGUGACCAUCCUCAGGAAAUCUUGAAGGGAAUGUGUGUGAGCUCUGCGCUUGUGUUUUCCUCUCUCUAUACCUGAUCAAGUAUAUUUACUCCUUUGUAAUUUAGAAAAAAGGAAGUGCAUUUCUGGGAAAACAGUAAUAACUUAGUUCAUCUCACUGUCAGUGCGGUGUCUUUUUAGGAGCCUCUUCACCUGGUUUAUUUGCAGUGCUUUUUGGAUUGUUUUUCUUUUAGACGACUUUAUGGCAAAUGUCUUUUGUGCAACUACUCUGGUUCUCUAAAAAAGAGCAGUGGCUUAGGGCAGUUGCCUUUUGCCUGAGACUUCUGCCUCCCUUUCUUUUUCUUUCUCAAUAUGCCUCUUUUCCUAUCUCUCCAGUAAAAGUUUCAGUAGUUUGGAUGAGCAUAAAGUUUGCUCGUGAAGGUGAUACCUGGCAGUCAUCAAAACUGUAAAUUCCAGACCACAGAUAGCUCACAGUCUGUCAGGCUUCUGGUUUGGACCUUGGAUUUGUUACUGGCUGCUUCCCUGCAUGCUUCAGCAUGUGAGAGGGAGUUGUGUACCCACAUGAGAUCUAGCCUGUGAUUCUUGGCUUGCAGAACUUAUGCAAKGCUUUCUUCAGCUUCUUAAGGGAAGGCAAGUCAAAGACCUACAGAUAUGUUCCUAGAAGGGUGAAGAAACAAGAGAUUAUUUGGUUUGGGUUCUUUUUUUCUUCCAAGGUGGGCUAGGAUGCAUGGUAUGACAUGAAGAAAAGGGCAGCUCACAUGGUGUUUUGAAAGAAAUCCAGAAGAGCUCAGAAUGAGUAAACCGAAUAAUACUGACGUUCAAAGCACAUUCUGUGUUCUCUGUGGACGGACAGAUAACUGCCCUGAAAAGUAUGGAGAAAAACGGACCUAUAUGGAAUACAAUCUCACUGUUCAUUAUUAUUGUUUGUUGAUGUCAAGUGGUAUUUGGCAGAGAGGAGAAGAAGAUGAAGGUGUAGAUGGAUUUUUAAUCACAGAUAUUAGAAAAGAAGUAAAUAGAGCUUCAAAACUGACAUGUAAUAUCUGUAAGAAAAAGGGUGCUUCGAUUGGAUGUGUAGCUCCUAAAUGCAAACGAAGUUACCAUUUUCCUUGUGGGUUACGAAGGGAAUGCAUUUUCCAGUUUAUGGAAGACUUCAGAUCUUAUUGUUGGGAACAUAAACCAGUCCAACAGUUUACGGAUAAAGAACCUAGAGGAUCUUCACAGUGCACAAUAUGCCUGGAUUUGGUUGACCAUCUUCCAGUGUACUCUGUAUUGAAAAGUCCUUGCUGUAAAAAUGCUUGGUUUCAUCGAGAAUGCUUGCAGUAUCAAGCUUUGAGUGCUGGGAUAUUUUUCUUUAGGUGCACUGUAUGUAAUAACAAGGACAAGUUUCAAGAAGAAAUGUUGAGAAUGGGCAUACACAUUCCAGAAAAGGAUGCAUCUUGGGAACUUGAAGAAAAUGCAUAUCAAGACUUACUGCAUUGUUAUCAACACUGUGAUGUUAAAAGAUGUCUCUGCAAGAAAGGAAGAGACUAUAAUGAACCUGAUAGUAAAUGGGAAAUAAAGCGUUGUCAGUACUGCGGUUCUCGUGGGACUCAUUUGGCCUGUUCAUCUAUGAAGUCAUGGGAGCAAAACUGGGACUGCAUGGAAUGCAGAAGUAUCUUUGCACAAUCAGGGAAGUACAGGAAACGGAAAAGAUGUUCUUUGGCUACCUCUGAAAAGACAAAUGGGACAAAUUCUUUGCUGGAAGAGCCAUCUCCAAAGUCCCCUCGGCAGUCAUCUGGAUCGCCACGAAAUUUUCUACUCCAGUCACCAAAGAUAACGUGCCAGAACUUGUCACCUUGCUCACACCUAGAACUUCCAGCAUCCAACAGAGUGACCAUGUCCUUAUCUCCAGUGGUGUCAAACAGGAUCUGGUCCCUGACACAAAAGUGUUUAAGAGAGCAAAGAAGAGAAGUUCGUAAUAUACUGAAGGAAUUAAAGGUACAAGUUAAAACAAAACCAACAAGGCUUAACAUCAAUGCAGAAAAUAUCUGGAGUAGUGCUUUAAAAGGGUUCAGGCAGCGCAACUUCAGUCCUACAAACACCAUUGAAGUGAGUUUCUCAAACUGCAAAAUUAAAUCAAAGACAAAUACUUCUGGGUCAAAACACCGUUUCUUCCAAUUACUAAUGCAUCAUCUUCAGAAUUCAUCAUUGUUUGAAGGCUCCUGUGGAAAGAAUUUGUCCCUUGAUUUUCAAGCUGUAAAAGAAAACCUUUAUUUUGAAGCUGGUAAAAUGAUUGCAGUUUCUCUGGUUCAUGGUGGUCCAUCUCCUGGUUUCUUUUCCAAAGUACUAUUCGAUUGUCUUGUCUAUGGUCCAGAGAAUGUGAAACCAGCUUUGGAAGAUGUCGCUGAUGUUGAUGUAGCACAAACAAUAAAAACGAUAAAAUAUGCAAAUAGUCUGUCUAGCCUGCAGUCUACACUACAGGACUGCAGUGAAUUCCUCGCUGCUGCUGGAUGUUUAAGACCUGUAACAGCUUUGUGUGAUAAGAACAUGCUGGUGAAUGACAUACUGAUCUAUCAUGUAAUCAAGAGAACUAUUUUACCCUUAGAAAGUUUUAGGCAGGGUUUGAAAACUCUUGGUGUUCUAGAGAAAAUGCAAAUGCACCCUGAUGCSUUCUCUAGCAUAUUGUGCCACAAUCCCGAAAGACUUUCAGCGGAAAUUAUUUGUGAUCUCUUUACAAUCCAUUCCUCAUCAGAUGUAAAUAAAGUUAAAGGUGUUGAUUUUUGGAUGGGCUAUUUGCAAGAUGUGGAAAGUGGUGAGUCAGUAGUGACAUUGGAGGAUAUUCUGCUCUUUGUAACAGGCUCCUGCUAUAUACCAUCCAUUGGUUUUGAUCCUGAACCUACUAUUAAAUUUUUGCAUAUGAAGUAUCCCGUUGGAAACAGACUUCUUAAUUGCUUAGAGCUUCCUAUAACAAAGACAUACCAGCAGUUUAAAAAUAAAAUGGAGCUCACCAUCAGAAACACACUAAGAGUUGAAAGGGAGUAAGUAUUUUUGCCACUUGCGUGGAUGUAGGAAACUUGAAUUUUCUGCGGGAACAUCUGCUUUCAGKUCGCUACUGUAUUUUUGGACAACAUGCUUCUAGUAUUUUCUGACCUUUCCCCCAAAAUUACACAAAAAGUUUUAAUGAGAUGGAAAACAAUUUUCAAAWUAUUAAAAAGUUUUAUCUCUUGAAUAAUUUUCCUUUUGAAGUUGUCUUUUAAGAGUCAUCUAUCCUCUUGCAGAAGUAGUUUUAAUGUCUGUUUUUGCUGUAGAUAGGUUUGAAAUGUUACCAAACUCUGUAACAGGUAAGUGUGUGGAUUGUAUCAAACACUUAGGUAACUUGUUUAUCAAAAACAAAUCAGGUACAUUUUGAAGAUAAUUGCUGGUGAGCACUGUCUUCAAUGAAACUGUGAUGCAGUUCUUCAGUUCCAUAUUUUUUUUUUCAGUAAUUGUUUUGAAUUUACAUUCUGAUUGUUUAUAGAAACCUGGAAAAGUUAAAAUAAUUGUUGUUUCAUGGUCAUUGUGACUAGUGCAUUACAGAUGUGGAGAAAACAUAGGCAAAAUAAUAUACCAUAAGAGCAAAAUGAGGUUGAACUCCUGUUUUUAUUGUUAAAAAAAAAAUCUUCUCAUAUUUUCACGUUUCUGCAUUCUACUGUCAUACAUUGAUUUUCAAUUUCACAUGGGGCCAAAAUAGUAAAAAACAGAAGUAAAUCUUGAACAUCCAACAACCCGUCUUUCAAAGUUAAAUAUAGGAGUUAAGACUUAAUGUUGUUGAGUAUGAAAUWAUAAGUUUGUUGCUCAUUACAACAUUUAAACUUGUCUUCCAUUUAAGUCAGUAUUUUCAUGAAGACAUCUGCCRAAGUCCUUCUUUAAACUAAAGGCAAUCUACCAGCAAGCUUGUCUGGACCUGACACUUUUCUGUCUUUUAUUCUAAACCUCCUCCUGUUCAAUUGCAGGGCAUUCUGAGCACUAUAUGAAAUAUAUUAGUGCUGCAGUAUUUGUAUAAAUACCAUUAAGCUGUAAAAGAUAAGUAGCCAAAUUCUUACACAGUAACACUUUAAUUUUACUAAUGCUAAAACUAUGAAAUUAAAAGGACAUUUAAGUACAUUCAUUUUAAAUGUAUGCUGCUCUUUGUUUUGAAAUUGCUAUUUCCCUCUGGCAAUUUUGACCACCUGUAUAUAUCUGUGUGUAUCCACAUUCUUCAAAACACUGAAAAGUAAUCAUGCAUUUUUUUAUUAUUAUCUCUUGAUUUGAAAUAAAAMUAUAAGCAAGAUUGCUUUACAUUUGAAUACUCAGUGAAUAGGUUCCUCUGGAAAAUAAUAGAAAGUCUGAGGAAAUCGCAAGUCUUAGAUCAGACAUUUCUCACUACUUCUAAUGGCUAAAACAAUCUAAUCUCAUCAAAGUUUAGCAUUUUCUCAGUGUCUUCUCCAAUAAUACUGUCUCUGACUUUUGCAUGAUUUUUGACUCUCCUUCUGCCAAUAAUUUCUUAGCAUUCUUAGCCUUCAGAAUGAUCWACCACCAUUACAGGGAGAGUGGUUUGACACAAAUUUGUUUACAUAAUAAGAAUUAAUAUUGUAUGUCUGUAUUUUUAAAAUAUAAUGAGUUUUGUGCUGAUAUAAUAUUAUACUUUAAAAAUGAGUGUUGUACUCAGUGGAGACUUCAUUUUUUUCCUAAUUUCUGUGUUCUGUAAUGUUAUUUUUCCAUGUGAGAAGUACAGAAUUUACAAAAGUAGCAAGCAGUGAGUAAUUUUAAAGGACAAUUCUUGGACUUUUGGUACCUGCAGUGGCAAGAGAAAUUGUUCAGAACCUAGAGCUACAUAAACUACAUUUUAAAACCUUCCAUGAUGAAAGAAAUAAGAAAAUAAUGUGAAUAUAAGGCUUCAAAACAUACCUGAAAUUACAGAAAUAGAGUUCACAAUUUUUAUUGCUUAUUGCUUUUGAAUUCAGCAGUUGAAAGGCUUUUAUAUAAAGGUACCACUAACCUAUGUGUUAGGUGUAAAAUAUGUUAAUUUUAAAAUAAUCUGCUAUGCAAUGCUGUAUUCAAACACUGMAUUUGUAAAAUCACAUAGCAUUAAUAUUGCAUUAAAGGGCUUUUCUUGCACAGAAUUUGUUCCCAUUUUCUAAUACUGAUGUGUACUCAUUCAGGAGGACAAGUCGUAUUUCCUUUUCUGUUGGUUUAAUCAGCUCUGUCUCUGGACACUCCAGUGUAAUAUUUGAUACAUUAAAAGUUGCAUUCCUAAAUGCUGCUAUGGAAAGGAAUUUCCUCCUUUUCAGCAUUUGUUUAUAUGGACCAAUCACAAAUUUAUCUGAACUGUUCAUUWGAAUUCCAUUGAAUAAGCUAACUUYCAAUCCAUGACAACACACAAUGGUCUCCUGGUGUCUUGAAAUUUUAAGAGUAAUUUAUGUAGCUGUAAGGACCAUAGGUUUUUCGUUGUUGUAGCAGGUCAUUGAAGUGCAAUAUUGUGGAGUAGUUUUCAUUUUACAUAAACAUUACUUGUGGCACAUCUGGAAAUUUGGGGGGUUGCUUAUUUUCAGUAUUUCUGUAACAGGGAGAACAAUUGUGUAUUAAAUAGAUUCUUAGAGAAGCUGCAUCUUUUACAAGAUUUGUCAACAUCACAAAAGAACUAUUGCAGUCCUUUUUGUAUUUGGCCAAAGAACUUCACCCCACAGUUYCUGCAUGAAACUGUUAGCUUCCAUCUGGAACUAGCACAUCAAAUAAGCUAUUUAUUUCCUAGAAUGAUGAUUUCUACUAAACAAAUAUAUUGGUAUUAGUGGGUUUAGUAUGGUCUCCUUAACAAUAGACAUAUAAUGAAAAAACACCCUCAAGUAUUUUAGCUCCCUGUUUGAAAAACCAAGGAACAAGACAUUUCUGUGACUUGCUUUUUUACCCAUUCAGAGGAUGCUUACCAGGAAAAGCUGUUAGCCUUUUUAACUGAUUUAAGCGUGAAAUAUAGUUCAAAGAAGGAAAAAUUGUCAAUAAGAAGUCUAAAGUAUUGCGUGCUGCAGCUUGAAUUUUUUCAUUAGGAUGUUAAGUCCUGGGAUUUGAAAACAUGAGGAUUUUGAGAGUAUUAGUUAAUAAUUCACACCCACAUUCUGCAUAGGUAUUUUGAAAAUCAAAAAAAUCUGAUUUAAAUAAAAGGAAUUGCAACUUUGAAGCCUACAAAAUAUGCUUCUCAAGUUUAUCUUGUUUCACCAUAUAAUACAGAAUCAAGCCUAAAGUUCAAGCUUUACUGUUUCUUACCUAACGGAGUUUCCAGUUGGACAAAAGAAAAAUKACCAUGUAAACCUUUUUCAGUGUCAAACCGUAUGUAUACAGAAAAUAAUCUUUUAAAUGCUGAUGUUUGUAAAAAAGCUACAAUGUAACCCUCUGRUUUUUGUAAUAUAUAAACAAUGUUCUUUUGUAAGUCACAGUUUUUAGAAUGUUAUGCAAGAAAAUGUAAUUUUGUAAAUAUUUUUUUUUUCUAAUUUGAACUUCAGGAUCAGUGCCUGAACUGUUGCACCUUCAAGCAACAUUUUACAUGACAGGUGUAGAAAUAAUCAGUAAAUGGGAAAUAUGUUUAUGUUCAAAGUGCAAUAAA